AUGAAUCAAAAUUCCAAAAAUGAUGCACUCAGAAGUGUAUUAUCUUAUCAACGACGAACACAGAGUGUCGACUGUUAUGCGCCUUCGAUUUUAGAGGAGGAUGAAUAUUAUGAAAGUUGUGCUAAUAAUACAAAUGAAACAUUAUCUAAUGGUAAUCAUGACAUAUUAAAAGAAAACGAUGAUGUUUAUGUCAAUGUUCCAUUACCAAGAGUGCAUAGUCGAUCAAUGUCAAGACCAUGUCGACGCACUCGUUCUGUUUUUGCACCAUCACCAAAAUGUAAUUUUGGACCUAAAGGCACACUUAAAAAAGUACGAAACAAUGCAGAACUUAUUGUUAUUCAAGAUCCAUGUAGUCAACGUCUUGAUUGGACUUCAUCACCUAAUAAUAUUCUUGUUAUCCGUAAACCAGGAUUAUCUACACAGACAGAAUUUCGAAUUCUUGUUACGAAACUUCUUAAACGUCGUCUCAAUGUUUAUGUUGGAUCUUCUGACCAUACACAAUUACCAUUUGCUACUGAUGCUAAUUUACAAGAGAAUGUUGAGCGAUGCAUUCCAUUUGAUCAAAAAAAUGACACAUGUAAAAUUGAUUUAGUGAUUUGUUUGGGUGGUGAUGGUACUCUUUUACAUGCUUCAAGUUUAUUUCAAAAAAGUUGUCCACCUGUAUUAUCAUUUUCUAUGGGUUCAUUGGGAUUUUUAACUCCAUUUGAUUUUCAAUUUCAUGACAAUAUUAUAGAUGAAGUUUUAUCUGGCAAAGUAGCUGUUUUAUUACGAACACGUUUAAAUUGUGCAAUUAUUAAACAUGAAUUAAAUAAUUUAUCUUCAUCAGAGACAUCAGAUGUUUCUUCACAAACAAAUGAAACAAGUCCAUCAAUUGAUACUGAUGCUAUGACUUGUUUGGCAUUAAAUGAAGUUGUUAUUGAUCGUGGACCAAGUUCAUAUUUAUCAAAUCUCGAUUUAUAUAUUAAUGAUAAAUAUAUUACUAAAGUACAAGGUGACGGUUUGAUUGUCUCGACUCCAACUGGCUCUACAGCUUAUGGAAUGGCUGCCGGUGCUUCAAUGGUCCAUCCAAAUGUUCCUGCUAUGAUAGUAUGUCCUAUAUGUCCACAUUCAUUAUCUUUUCGUCCGAUUGUUGUCCCAGCGGGUAUUGAACUUACAGUGAAAGUAUCUGAAGAUACUCGUCUAACAGCAUGGCUUUCAAUCGAUGGAAGAAGUCGACUUGAAUUACGUCAACAUGAAGGUGUAAAAAUAACAACAAGUGUUUAUCCCGUACCAUGUAUAUGUCGAUUUGAUCAACUAGGUGAUUGGUUUCAAUCAUUAGCUGAUAUACUUCAUUGGAAUAUACGUAAACCACAAUUAAAUCUUGAUAUUGAUCAAGAACUUCAACUUGAUGAACAUAUGCACACUCAAGAUGAUGAAAAUACUUUAGAGAAAAAUGAAUAA